AUUGUGAAACUUACUUUGCUAUAGUAGCCGUGCUGGCUAUUUGUUGAAAUGGCAGUAACAGUUUUAGUGAAAAACUUUCAAGUGCCCAAAAGUAAAAGUGAAAAAUUGGUGAAGGUCGAAUUCAGAGGUGUUUCUCAUUUAACAAAAAUUGUGGAAGAAGAUGGUCUCGAAACAAUCAAUGUAAAUAAGACGUUUGAAUGGCCGGUAGGUCGAGCUGUAGAAGAAGAUGAAUUGUUAAUCAUUGAGUUGUACACCAGAAACAGGUUAUUUUCCGACAAAUUGAUAGGAUUGUAUAAGCUUGUCCUACAAAAGCUAGUGAUAGAUAGGAAAAUCUCAGUAUCCGAUAGUCUGUUGGAUGAAAAUAAUCAACCAUUACCUGCCACCGUGGAAUUCGAGGUUUCGUAUACACCACCUGAGGAAUUGAUGUCAACAUAUGACGUAUUACAAGAUGAUCAACAAAUGCUCAUUGAUAUUGAACAGAAUAUAGCUAAUAUUGAACAAAGUAUGAUAGUGAACGCGCGCGAACCAAUUCCAUUGCAGUCAAAGUCUAUUUCUGUAGAUCGCAAGAUUCUAGAUAGGAAAAAAGCGACAUUGAGAGCUGUAAGGAAUUUAGUUAGAUUUGGAAAACAACGACUACCAAAGGACAGUGACAACGAAGAUGAAAUCGCUAAUUUUAUAGAUGAGAUUAAAGGAAAUUCACAGGAAUCAGAAGCCGAUCAGAAUUAUUUAGCUGGCCUCGGUAGCCCAAUAUCGAUGAGUUGUAACGAGGGAGAAACUUCAACGGAUGCCUUAAUCGAACGACAGAAAAAAAGUUCGAGAAUGAAAGCAGACUUCAAAAGUACAGUAGCAUCAAUGUUAAAAUCACAAAAUUUCCAAGUGUGCUUGACAAUAAUUGAAGCUAGACAACUGGCUGGAAUUAAUAUGGAUCCAAUUGUUUGUAUCCAAGUGGGAGAUCAAAAGAAGUAUACGAGUGUAAAGGAGAGUACAAAUUGUCCAUAUUAUAAUGAGUACUUCGUUUUCGACUUCCAUAUGCCGCCAAUCAUGUUAUUCGACAAAAUAAUCACCCUUUCGGUGUUGCAGUCUCGGAACUUUCUCAGGGGUAAGAAAUUUUUGGGAAGCUUUAAAUUUGACGUCGGCACAGUGUGGGCUGAACCAGAUCACCAGUUCUAUCAUAAAUGGGCCGUUCUUACUGAUCCCGAUGACAUUGCUGGCGGUCCUAAAGGAUACUUGAAGUGUGAUAUAAGUGUAAUUGGUAAAGGAGAUAGCGUCAAGGUACCUCCCAAAAGCGAUAAAGAUGAGGAUGAUAUUGAAGCUAAUUUACUUCUUCCCGAUGGAGUUCCCACGGAUAGGCAAAAAGCUCGAUUCAUUGUGAAAAUUUAUAGAGCUGACGGAUUGCCGAAAAUGAACUCCUCGAUAAUGGCCAACGUAAAAAAAGCAUUUACGGGAGAGCUUAACGACCUUGUCGAUCCAUACGUGCAAGUAUCCUUCGCUGGUUUGAUGGGCAAAACAAGCGUGGUAAAGCACAGUUAUGCACCGGUAUGGAACGAACAAUUAAUUUUCACGGAAAUGUUUCCGCCCCUUUGUCAGCGGAUAAAAAUUCAAUUGAGAGCUGACGAUCCAGUGAAACCGACGGUCAUCGGAACCCAUUUUAUAGACUUAAAAACUAUUUCCAACGAUGGCGAAAAGGGUUUUCUCCCGACAUUUGGUCCAUCUUUCAUUCACAUGUAUGGAUCUACAAGAGAUUACAGUCUUAUUGACGAACAUUCCAGUUUGAAUACGGGGCUAGGAGAAGGUGUGUCUUAUAGAGCUCGUCUACUAGUCUCAAUACGAACUGAAAUCACUGAUAGUAUUGACCUUUCACCGGUAGCAAUAGAGCUAGAACCUAUUAUACCAAUCAAUGAAGCUUUCUAUGCUAAAAACGAGGAAUUCUUUCUAUUCGCCACCAUUUUAGAUGCUUCUAUUUUAGAAAAGAAGUUGGGAGAUAAAGCAGUGCAUUUUGAAAUCAGUGUCGGUAACGCUGGAAAUUCUAUGGAUGGACACAAUCAAUCUACUCGAGAACACUACGAUUCUGACAAUGAGGAACUGGAGGUAGUUACAACAGAAAGUGCCUCUUGGCAAAGCACAACGACUCCUACCAAACCAAUGACUCAUGAUAAGGCGUUUUACUUCUUACCUUAUUGGGAUAACAAACCCUGUAUGCACAUUAGAUCGGUGUGGCCAGAUCAUCGGAGACGAAUGUACAAUUCCAAUAUCAUUACAAAGCUCGUAGAACAUUUCGAAGACGGGUUGUCGGAAGUGAAUUCAGCGGUAGAAGCCGAGGAUCCUGAUAUGGAGAUUCAACUCAAACGAGUUUUAGAUGACCUUUCGACGAGAUGUGCUAAGUAUAUUAUUCUAUCGAAAGCGUCUUUGAGUGAGGCGGAAACUGGAAAGACUAAACUUGAUAAGGAACAUCUGAAAUUAUGUCAAAGAGAAAUUGAACAAAUUGGUAACUCUGCAAGAAAUCUCAAAGCACUCGUCACAAAAAAUUCCUUCAAAGAGAGACUCAAAUCGGCCCAGAAAUGUCUCGGAAGAUUGAAGCUCCUCGUAGAAGAUCCACAACACGCUUUGCCAGAUGUUUUCCUUUGGAUUAUUAGCCGAGGAAAGAGACAGGCGUACCAACGCAUAGCCGCUAGAGAUAUUAUCUACUCUCCCGUCGAAGAAGAAUGCGGAAAAGAUUGCGGAAAAGUUCAAACGAUGUUCUUGAAGUUGCCAGGAAAAAAAGCUAUGGGACCGAGUGGUUGGUCCAUCCCUGCUAAGCUAGAAAUAUUUUUAUGGCUUGGUUUACUUAAACAUAAAAAAGAUCUCUUUAAUGGUUUGCCGGGCGGUUACGAGCAUACUCAAGAAAUCAAAAACAUUGAAAGACCCCGAGCUUUACCACCAAAUACGAUUCAUUACAUAGAAAAACACCUGUUUCAACUACGUGCUCACAUUUACCAAGCAAGAUCCCUUAUAGGAAGCGAUGCUUCGGGCCUGUCGGACCCUUUUGCAAGGAUAAUUGCUGGCGAAUUUAGUAAAACUACUCAAGUAAUAGAUGAAACCUUGAGUCCAACCUGGGAUGAACUUUUAAUUUUCGAAGAGAUACUGAUCUACGGCGAUGGUGAUGAGAUAAAAAACGAUCCGCCACCGAUCAUUAUCGAAAUAUUCGAUCAGGAUAAAGUUGGUAAAAGUGAAUUCAUUGGAAGAACAUUAGCAAAACCCAAUGUUAAACUUAAGGAAGAUGCUUAUUGUAAGCCAAAAUUUCCACCUUCUCUUGAAUGGUUUACCCUAACGAGAGGUACAGAUGGAAGAGCCGGAGAACUCCUAGCCGCAUUCGAACUUUUGGAAAAACCAAAUGACACUGAAGGUUCACUACCGUCAUUGCCUAAUCCUAAGGAUAUUCCGAUACACCACGAGACAGACACAAAGAGACUUGGUACUGUUUUACCAGUUCCAAGAGGAAUCCGCCCAACUUUGGCUAGAUAUAGAAUAGAAGUGUUGUUUUGGGGUUUACGAGAUUUGAAACGAGUCCAUUUUUUAACUGUCGAUAAACCGAGAAUAGAUAUUGAAUGCUCUGGAAAUAUCUUAUAUUCUACUAUCAUUCAAAAUAGAAAAAAAAAUCCUAAUUUCAGUACGCUUGUUAGGUUUUUGGACUUGGACUUGCCGGAGCAAGAGCUGUAUAGACCGCCUGUUACGAUCAGAGCUGUAGACUGCAGGAGUUUUGGUCGAUACACCUUAGUAGGUACACACAUCAUUAAUUCCAUUCAUAAAUAUAUUUACAAACCAAUGACGAAAAAAGAUAGAGAAGCUGAAGAGAGAAAAAAAUCUUUAAAUCAGUUAAGACCCAGCGUUAACAAUAUACAAAGUAAUCUAGUUUCUCCAACAAAUAUAGAGAAUCCUGCUAGUGAUAAGGAAAAAAGUCCUCUACUACCUAAAGAUACUUCAGGUCACACGGAUUACGGUACACAAGAAGGAACAAAAAAAAUGAAGACUGAAAUAAAUAAGAAACGAAAACAAAGUAUAGACGAAGAAUUAGAUGAUGAAGAAGACACAAAAGAUUGGUGGACAAAAUACUUUUUGUCGAAAGAGCGAGCUUUAAUAGAAUUAAACGAGAUAAAGAACAUUUUGAAUCAAAGUGGUAACCUGCCAGUUCGAACUGAUAAUAAAGAUUCUCAAUUUGGAAAUACUUCUAUUAGAACUUCUGGUCAAGAGGAGAACAAAAAGCGAUUCACUUUCAAAUCAGUUGCAACGGCAUCGAGGUUUGCUGCGAGAAUCAGUCCAAAGCAUACAGGAAAAUCUUCUAGUCGAAAGACAGCACAAUGCAAGGUUUAUGACACCGAAUUGGAAAGUAGACCAGAAUUUGACGAAUUUAAAGAAUGGUUGCACACAUUUCCAUUGUAUAGAGGUAAAAAGACUGUUGAUGACGCUGAAGAUGAUAGUAGAAUUGUAGGGUAUUUUAAAGGAGCAAUACAAGUAUACAAAUGGCCCCUACCGAAAGAUAUAGACGACAAAACAAUAAUGGGAUUUGAUCCACAUCUAGGACUAUUUCAAGGACUACCAUCCAACGAACCAAUAAAAGUUUUGGUUCGCGUUUACAUAGUAAAGGCCAUAGAUUUGCAUCCUAUGGAUUUGAACGGAAAGGCAGAUCCGUACAUUGUAUUACAACUAGGAAGUAAAAAAAUAAGUGAUAAAGACAACUAUGUUUCAAAGCAGCUGAAUCCCGUAUUCGGAAAAUGUUUUGAAAUCGAAGCUACUUUUCCUCAAGAUUCUGUACUGACGGUUCAAAUUUACGACUGGGAUUUGGUCAGUUCUGACGAUAUGAUAGGUGAAACGAAAAUUGACUUAGAAAAUCGUUUUUACAGUCGUCAUAGAGCAAGCUGUGGCCUGGCUGAAGUUUAUGAAGAAGAUGGUUACAACGCUUGGAGAGACGCUUUGAAACCGACGCAAAUCCUUGCAAAACUAUGCAAAGAUGCCAAAGUGGAAUCUCCUGUAUACGCUGAUGGAAUGGUUAAAAUUGGAAAACAAAUAUUUUUCGUUAAUACCAGUACCAAUGAAAUUGUAAGAACUAAAGAGACGGAGGAGCAUAUGGCCCUGGAAGUAUUACACAGGUGGCACGAAUUUCCUAAAAUAGGUUGUCAUCUUGUACCUGAACACGUUGAAACGCGACCCAUAUACAAUCCGCAAAAACCUGGUAUCGAACAAGGUAAAAUAGAAAUGUGGGUAGAUAUGUUUCCAAUGGAUAUGCCUUUGCCGGCAUCUAAGCUGGAUAUUUCACCAAGAAAACCUAAAAGCUACGAAUUAAGAGUUAUCAUUUGGAAUACCGAUGAUGUCAUUCUGGAAGACGACGCUUUUUUUACAGGAGAGAAAAUGUCUGAUAUCUACGUAAAAGGGUGGUUAAAGGGACAAGAUGACUGCCAAUGUACAGAUAUUCAUUACCGAUCUUUAACAGGAGAGGGUAACUUCAAUUGGAGAUUCAUCUAUCCUUUCGACUACUUAGUAGCCGAGCAAAAAAUCGUAAUUACUAAAAAAGAAUCACUUUUCUCGUGGGAUGAAACUGAAUCAAAAAUUCCUGCUCGCUUAGAGUUGCAAGUAUUUGAUGCAGAUCAUUUUUCAGCCGACGAUUUUCUUGGGGCAAUCACUCUUGAUCUUAACAAAUUUCCCCGUGGUGCAAAAUCUUCGAAACUUUGCAGUUUGGAUAUGUUAAAAACUGAUGGAUCUGUUCCUAUGAUAAACAUUUUUAAACAAAAAAGGGUCAAAGGCUGGUGGCCAUUUUUCGUUAAAAAGGACAAUGAAGAAAUGGAAUUAACAGGAAAAGUAGAAGCUGAGAUUCAUUUACUAACUAGCGAAGAAGCAGAAAAAGCACCAGCUGGUUUAGCAAGGAAUGAGCCGGAUGCCUUGGAUAAGCCAAACCGACCUGAUUCGUCUUUUAUUUGGUUUAUGAAUCCUUUGAAGUCACUUCGGUACAUACUGUGGCACAAUUAUAAGUAUACAAUUCUCAAAUUGUUUAUAAUCGCAGCUCUAACGGCUAUCUUAUUAUUAUUUUUCUAUUCAAUACCCGGUUAUACUGUGAAGAAGAUUAUCGGAGCUUGAAAAGAUCUUAUUAUUAAUUAAUAAAUACAAUAAACUAGGUAAGUCUCAAAUCAGAUGAAUGAGCACCAAAUGGAAGCGAGGUUGUAAUAAAAAUACAGAAGACACUGAAAACCGCCCAGUUCAAUAUUUGUUAAUAUUUACUAGACUAAAUAGAGAAGGAACAGAAGUCAAUCAAACUAACUACUAAACUACAAUGAAUCGAUCUAUUUUUCUAGCAAAUAUUGCCUUAAUUAAUUCUAUUUAUAAUUUUCUUUUUACCUUUUCACUUCUUAGACCUUUCAAUAUAUCUUUCGUGAUUUAUAGUGCUUUUCAUAGUAAAUUAUAUUAAAAUAACACGUUUGACAAAUUUGA